AGAGAAGCAACUCAUACCUGCCAGUUGAUCCUCUAACGGCUUGGAAUUAUUUAAAUAUUUAAUAAGAUAUGGGGGCAUGCAUGGCGCUGUGCUCACUUGCGAGCUGUAAGAAAGAAUGUCUCUCAUCUGGGACGGCAUGAGGGCCUCAUGUUUAUGUGGCUCAGCUCCAUGUCUUCUUUGUGGCUGUUGUCCUUCUACGAACAACUCCACUGUCACACGGCUGGUCUUCUCCUUCUUUCUCCUACUGGGCACACUGGUGUCUGUAAUAAUGAUCUUGCCUGGCAUGGAGACGCAGCUCCGCAAGAUUCCUGGCUUUUGUCAAGGGGGAACCACGAUACCAGGGAUUGAAAACCAUGUGAACUGCAACGUGAUUGUUGGCUACAAAUCAGUCUACCGUAUGUGUUUUGCUAUGGCUUGCUUCUUUUUCCUUUUCUCUGCUAUAAUGAUUCGUGUACGGAGCAGCAAAGACCCUCGCGCCGCCAUUCAGAACGGGUUCUGGUUCUUCAAGUUUCUGAUCCUGGUUGGUAUCACCGUUGGAGCCUUUUUCAUCCCAGAUGGAACAUUUCAUAAUGUAUGGUUCUACUUUGGUAUCGUGGGCUCCUUCAUGUUUAUCUUGAUCCAGCUCAUUCUCCUAAUUGACUUUGCUCACUCCUGGAAUGAGGUUUGGGUGAGGAAUGCUGAGGAGGGCAACAGCAAGUGUUGGUUCUCAGGUCUGCUGUUCUUCACUAUACUACAUUACGUCUUGGCCUUUGCUGCGAUCGUGCUGUUUUAUCUAUACUACACUAAACCCGACGACUGUGCCGAACACAAGUUCUUCAUCAGUUUUAACCUUAUUCUUUGUGUCAUCAUAUCGGUGGUUUCCAUUCUGCCCAAAGUGCAGGAUGUUUCACCACAGUCUGGUCUGCUUCAAUCCUCUCUGAUCACUUUAUACACUAUGUACGUCACUUGGUCUGCCAUGACCAAUAAUCCAAACCGGGAGUGUAACCCUAGUCUGCUCAGCCUGGUGUCCAAUGUCAGCACAGCGGAGGCCACGCCCACCAGCUCCCCUGGGAUGGUACAAUGGUGGGAUGCUCAAGGCAUUGUGGGACUGAUCAUCUUUCUCUUUUGCACUUUUUACGCCAGUAUCCGUUCAUCCAGUAACGCUCAGGUGAACAGGCUGAUGCAGACAGAGGAGGGGAAGGGUUCUGGGGGAGGGGAGGAAGUUGGCGAGGACGGCCUUCGGCGUGCUUUGGAUAACGAGGAGGACGGUGUCACUUACAGCUAUUCUUUUUUCCACUUCCACCUCUUCCUGGCUUCUCUCUACAUCAUGAUGACUCUCACUAACUGGUACAAGUCUGACACCACCACUCAGGCCAUGCAGAGCUCUAUGCCUGCGGUGUGGGUUAAGAUCUGCUCCAGCUGGCUGAGUCUGGCCCUCUACAUGUGGACCCUUGUGGCUCCUCUUAUUUUCCCCAACCGUGACUUCAACUGAGCUUGAAAGGGCGAGACUGUCUCACACUUUCACAGCUAUUUGUGUCUGUGUGUGGGUAUGUGUGAGAUAGAAAUAUAAAAAAAAAACAUUCAAGCAAUUCAUCAUCACCAGUGAUACAUAGUUUUAAACAAAUCUGUAUUAGAUCUGGUCAUAUCACUGUUGAUGACUUUUAUAGGGCUGUAAAGUAGUUGCAAGUUUAAAAUUGCAUGCAUGUUACCAUGACAAGUAUUUAAAAAAAUUACAAACAAUUAUUAUUUCAGUUGUUCAGUAAAUUGACACGACACUUGAGGAUUACUGCUGUGCAAAAAGUUGCUAUUCAACAUUAGUGUGAAGAGUUUCUUUUUAACUUUGUUUAAUGCAUAAUGUUCACACCCUAGCAUAGCGUGUGUGAGUGUGUGUGCAUGCUGCUGCUGCUGCAUAUGAUGCACAUACCCACAUAUGAUGGAUAAAUGAGAUAAAUUAUUAAAAUAGAUUAGAUCAGUAUGUAGCUUCUACUGUGAUGUCCCUAUGGAUUCAUUCAUGCCCAUUGCAUUUCAAUACUCAUGGCUGUUAAAGGGAUUGUUCACCCAAAAAGUGAAAAUUCUGUCAUCAUUUAUUCACCCUCAUGUUGUUCAAACCCAUUGACUGACUUUCUUCUGAUUUACACCCUCCAUCACCAUUCACUCUUAUUGUAUGGGAAAUGAUGCAAUGAAAGUGAAUGGUGAUAGAGACUAGCAUACUGCCUAACAUCUCCAUUUGUGUUAAACAGUGUAAAGAAAGCCAUUCAGGUUUGAAACAAUAUGAGGGUGAGUAAGUGAUGACAGAUUUAUUAAGGUGAUUUAUCCCUUUUUAUUUAAAGGGUUUGCUUUAAUUUCAAAAUCAAUAUGGCUAUUAGUGUGUUUUGUAAAGUCAAUAUUGCUAGUUUAUAUUUAUUAGAUUAAGGUAACAGUACUACUUGUACAUGUGUGUUUAUGAAUUGUAAGCUACUCAUACCUUAGGCCACACAUUUCCAAGCUCAAUAACUGUCCUACUUCAACUUUGUGGUCCUUGCCACGAAUACAAAUAUGCAUGUUACUGCUGCUAGAAACCUGCUCUACCUGAAGGGGAAAUUAUUUUUACAGUGAUACAAUUUCAACAUCAGGGUCUUCAAUAUAUUGUACAAUACAUAUUAUCAAUAUAAAAUACUAGGAAAUUUCACUAUGAUUAUGCACUUUGUUCUUAAGCAAUGUCAGCAGGGAAGCAGGGCUGUGGGUAGCCCAUGUGCACCGUGGGUCCUAAAGGGGGCUGUUAUCACUCCAGGCCCUCUGUACAGCCCCAUAGAACUUGUGUGUUUAGGAGAUAAGCUCAGCCCGACACACCCUUCCCUAGUACAGUAAAGUGCAGAUUUCACUUGAGAUUUCACACUCUGGACUGGGUCUCCCCCUCUGCUGCUCCCACUGCCAUGAAAACAGACUGUGCUGUAAUAUAUAUAAAAUCACUGAUCAUAAUAAUACACAUUAUGGUGCUGCCAAUCCAUCAGAGGCACAUCUUAACAUAUCUUGAGUGUCAAUCAGUGCGUGUGUGUGUGCGCGCGUGUGUGUGUGUGUGCGCGCGAGUGCAUGUGUGAUUUAGUGUGUAAAACCGUUCCUUGAAAUAACAUUUGUAUAUAAAUUUACAUUUGUUGAUGAUUGAUGUGUUUAAUGGGUAGAUGGUAUUUCUGAGUAAAGACUUAAUUCUUCCAUUGUCAGUGAUUGUUUUUUUUUUUUUUUUUAUCUAAAGAUUUCUGUAAAUUAACUCAUUUGUUUCUUGUAAGCACAUGCUGGACUAAAUUCUAAAAAGUUUUUUAUUUUAAAAAAGUGGCAAAAACAUCAGUUUAGGUUUCUUUUUGUCCCAUUACAAAAUUAUGAAGUUAUCAAAUUUCAUGACUCUUUAAGUAUUGUGGAUAUAUCUGCUUCAAGUCAUUUAGUAUUGUGAACACUUGCCUGUGUGAGACUAUGCCAUGCUUGUGACUGAAACUGAUUGUCAAGUAUAUUGUUUGUAUAUAUUCUGCAUUUGUGUUAACACAAGCAUGACCGUUCAUUAUUAGGAGCAACAUGUAAGAUUUGUAAUUCUGUUGAUAAUUCUUCAUGUGCCUUUCUUUAUUGCUUUCGAUAUUCUAUCUUAUCAAAAGUGACCAGGUUUAUUCAGACCUGUUAAGAAGUGCCUUCGCGGUUUUGUAAUUGUAACAUUUCAUAUUUGUUUUCAUACCAUGGACAAUUGCUUUUGCACGUUUUCUCUGUGGAAGUAAUAUUACAGUGAUCUGUGCUAAUACGGUAUACUGCAUAUUUUAAUAAACUGAUGUAAUGAG